CAGUACGUUAACUCGGAACGGCGUGUGGCUUUGGAUUACACAACCAAAAACUACGAACGGUGUUUCGCAUAUUUACCCGUAUUUACCAAAUUGGGAUAGCUUUUCCCAAACGCAUUUAUCGUUACUUCCAACCACCGGACUGUGUUCUAGUCUUAUUACACCCCCCACACAACCCAUCAUGGACGUUUCGCUCGAGAAUCUAUCAUCGUCACAGAAGGAUGAGCUGAUGAGCACAAUCAAGCAGAAGAUUGCGAUAGCCAACGCUCAGGAACUAGUCACCAAAAUGACGGAAAAAUGUUUUAAGAAAUGUGUUGGCAAACCCGGCCAAGACCUGGACGGAUCGGAACAGAAAUGCAUCGCCAUGUGCAUGGAUAGGUUUAUGGAUUCUUGGAAUGUAGUUUCGAGAGCAUUAACUCAGCGUCUACAGCAGGAACAGUACAAGGGAUAAGGCUAUUUAGCAUAAGCCACCUGUCGUGGUUCCAGCGUUACAUCGUAAUCUACUUUUAGCCAUCGGAAACAGUUUUGUCGCUAUUACCAUUGCCCCCAUAUAAGGCACCAUACAGGAUAGAGGGAUUUUGUUUGAAUGCAGAUGCUAGUAAAUAAACCAAACUGCUGCUAUCGCACUCGAACAAUA